AGACCACCCCUCUGUUGCGUCGCGUUUUAUAUUCAGGCUGGAUAGCCGACGCGCCGCUUUUCUUCUUAAGCGACGUCGUUGCUGGCCGUACUUCCGCCUUUGCUAUAACAAGGAUUCGCCUUUUCUAGCCCUUUCUUUCUCUUCCUCGGUCCUCGCUUCCGUAGUCCUUCACCGGUACUGGUCUCGAUCAUAUUGCCUGAAAUUGUGUGUUCAUAUCGUUCUUUCUUCGCUCUCAUUUUAAAUUUGAAGGAAAAUGCCGAAGGUUAAGACGAAUCGUGUCAAGUACCCUGAGGGUUGGGAGUUGAUCGAGCCUACUUUACGUGAACUACAAGCAAAGAUGAGAGAAGCUGAGAAUGACACGCAUGAUGGCAAAAGAAAAUGCGAAGCUUUGUGGCCAAUUUUUAAGAUAGCACAUCAAAAGAGCCGCUACAUUUUUGACCUUUACCAUCGUAGGAAGGAAAUAUCCAAGGAAUUAUAUGAGUUCUGUUUGGACCAAGGUUAUGCUGAUCGUAAUCUUAUUGCAAAGUGGAAGAAGCCGGGUUAUGAGCGUCUUUGUUGCUUAAGAUGCAUGCAACCACGGGAUCACAACUUUGCAACUACAUGUGUGUGCCGAGUGCCCAAGAACCUGAGGGAGGAGAAGGUCAUAGAAUGCGUCCAUUGCGGUUGCAGGGGCUGUGCAAGUGGGGAUUGAUUGAUUUCAUUUUCCCUUUGCAUGCAGGAGAUGCCAAGUUGCCUUGUACUAUUUUCAUUAUUGAACUGGACUAUGUUCAGGUUUUAGUGUUACCAUUUGGAGAGGCCUAACUUGAGUUGUGAUAUUUAGACCUUUUCUAUGAAAAAGGAAUAGUUCUCUUGUGUAGUGUCUAACGGAUCUUUUAUACUUGCCGAAAAUGUUAUGUAAUUGAGCAAGUUGGAGAGUUACUGUGUAAUUGACUAUUUGUUUAUGUUUUUUUAGCAAAUUUAGCGUUUAAUUUUAUGUAAAA